CAGCGGCAUGAGCAACAACAGCGACGAUGCGGCAGCCUCUGCGCCGCCUCCAUCGAUGGCGGUGUCGAAGGAGAGCUAUGUUGGUCCUGUCAAGAUCGAAGGGUACCUGUACAUACGCAUGAACAAGCGCCGCCGACGCUAUUGCGUCUUGACAGGCCGCAACCUGUGCAUAUUUGGGUCCAAGGACGAGGCCGCCAAUGUGGACAAGGCGCAAGCAGCGCGCAAGUUCUGCUGCGUCGUAGGUGUCAAGGACAUGGCCGACUUGGGAAAAGGGACAAGGGAAACGCUGGUUGGGACGGCGGCGUUUCAGAACGCGCUGAUCGUGUCGACGCUCAAGUCCAAGUUGAUUGUGAUUGAAGCCGACACCAAGACCGAAAAAGACCGGUGGCUCCAUGCCAUGAUGUCGCUCAACUUUUGCACGGACGAUGCCGAGCGCGAUCUCGUCCGCGACAGUCUCAACCAGCCCGACUUUGAUGCCCAACUUGCAGUAACGCUUCUUUACAAAUACCGAGACAACACGGUUGCGACGGAUCUGAUUGUGGAGCACUUAUCUCAAUAUGCGCAGUCCAACAUCGACGACGUCGAGUUUUACCUCCAGCAAAUCGUGCAUGUCCUGGUGCACUCGUGCGCCAGCGACAGUCGCAACAAGGACAAGCUAGUGGACCUCGUGCUGUCCAUUUGCAAAGCCAAGACAUACGUGGCCCACUUGGGCAACUCGAUUCACGUUGCGCUGCAUUUGUUCUGGCUCCUCGAAGCCAUGAUCCACGACUGCCAAGGCACACCCACGUACAACGUCGUGGCGAUGCUAAUCAUGUCGAUUGAAGCACAGGUCGUGAACCAGCAUUUUGAGCUGCGGGACGUCGUCCGUCUCUUUCGGGACGUUCCCGGUCUGAAAGAGUCGCUUCUGCGACUGCCAGCAUCAUCCACGAAGGACAAUGAGACACGUACUGCCCAGCCGACCGGUCCGACCGACGCAUCCUCGCAGUCGAUCGCUCUCUCGGAUGCGGAAAAGCACACGUUGCUUCAGUGGAUGGAACGUGAGCGCCAGAAACGGUACAAGUACUUUCACCAAGAGCGAGACUUUAUUCUCGCUGUCACGGCCAUUUCCGAGACCAUGCGGCACUUUGAGCCGCGCGAGGGCCGCAAGGCGGCGCUGCCGGGGCUCUUGGCCAAAUUAGUCAUUCCCGAGAUGGCGUAUAUUCCACUGGGCCGGGCGUCCGAUCCGUACUGCCGUGUGUUGAGGGUGCUUGAAUCGGAAGGCACUGUGUUUUCGACACACAGCCGCGCGCCGUGCCUCAUUUGUUUUGAAGUGAUCGAAGAACCCACGACCGGUGCCAGUCCAUCGCAGUCGACUCGGCCACCGUUGGCGGUGCAGGCGUCGCAAGCGUCUAUCGUUGAAGACGACCCCGAUACCCUUCACUGCAUCCAGUCCAACUACGCUGCGCUGUUUCGAUCGUCGUCGUCGGACCUGAUGGCGGACGACUUGUGUGUGGAACCCGAUGACCCGUCGUCCAACGUGCCCGGCACGCUGACGUCGAUCAAGGAGAUGGUCGACCAGAACAUCCAGGCCACGAUCAUGCGCCGCACGUCCAAAACGACGUAUGACAUGAGCCUCGCCAAGCUCAUGCUGAUGGAGCCCGCCGUGUUUGGCGAGAGUUGGGCAACGAAAAAGAAACGACUCCAAGCCGCGUCGCCACACGGCCAUUUGCGCGGAUGGAACGUCGUGUCUCUGAUCUCCAAGAGCAACGACGACAUGCGGCAGGAAGUGUUUGCGCUCCAGCUCAUUUCCAAGUGCCAAGGCAUUUUUCGCGACGCCCACCUCCCGCUCUGGCUUCGGUCCUAUCGCAUUGUCUCGACGGGGCACUCGACCGGCCUCAUCGAGACCAUCACGGAUGCGCAGUCGCUGGACGCGAUGAAGAAAGCCAAGGAGUACAAAUCGCUCAAAGACCACUUUGACAAGACGUACACGUCGGCGGCGGCGCGGGCAACGGCCACACUGAACUUUGUCCACAGUUUGGUGGGGUACUCGCUCGUGUGCUACGUGUUGCAGAUUAAGGACCGGCACAACGGCAACAUCCUGCUUGACACGGAAGGUCAUUUGAUCCACAUCGACUUUGGUUUCCUCUUGGGCAUCGCGCCGGGCGGGACCUGGAGCCUCGAGAGCCAACCGCCGUUCAAACUAACCAAGGAAAUGGUCGACGUUCUCGGUGGGGUUGGGUCGCCGAUGUUUGCCAAGUUUGUGCAGCUCUUCACCCAGGGCUUCCUCGCGCUCCAGCGCAAUGCGGAGAAGAUUAUCACGAUGGUCGAGAUCAUGAUGCACAAAUCGUCGUACCCGUGCUUUCAAAACCGGGACGUGGUCAAGGAGCUCCAAAAACUCCGCGAACGUUUCGUGGAGACGAUGCCGCUGGACCACACGGUCAAGCACGCAAUGAAGUUGAUCAAGCUCAGCUACAAGAACAAAUGGACGAAGCGGUACGACCAGUUCCAGAAAAUCACAAAUGGGAUUCUGCCGUGAACACGGCCUUCGCUCAACCACCAUCGCCGCCGCAGCACCAACGAGCGAGCAUUCCCGCACAAAACACAAACGGGCACCACCAAAUACACAGUCUUCUUCAACCGUCUUUAUGAAAACGACCUCGUCUCGAAAGUGGUGCAGUGGAAAGUCCACAAGGGCGUUUACGGCCGCGCCUUUUUGGCGACAGCAGCCGACCCAUCGUCGAACUCAAAUUGUGACAACCUCAAUCCAUCUAGAUCGUCGACGGCGGCAAUGCGGGAGUUGUGACUC